GCCAUUUAACAUUGGAUACGUCGAUCUGUGAACUACGUGAAGAGUCCAUUGAAUUUCGUUGCAGUCCCUAUAGAAAUUGUAUCCUCCGAAAUGAGCAAGCCAAUGAAUCGGUUGAUCACCGUCGGUUUUAGGAAAUGGUACUACAAUGCCUGCGGAUUUAAUCAAUUAGGUUUAAUGAAGAAUGAUUUAAUAAAUGAUCAACUUCAUUCGGAUGUAGCAGAAGCAUUGAGACGCCUUCCUCAAGAAAUUUUAGAUCAACGCAAUUUCCGUAUAAUAAGAGCCCUACAGUUGAGUGCUUGUCACAGAGUCUUGCCCAAAGAACAGUGGACUAAGUUCGAAGAGGAUAUAGAAUAUCUUAAGCCAUAUCUCGAUGAAGUCGAAAAAGAGAACGAGGAGAAAGCGAGAUGGGAAGAGUCGUAAAAUAUAAUUUAGCUUAUGGUUACUAUAGUAAUGUAACAAAAAUUCUCCGUUCUUUAAUGCACAUUUCGCGGAGAAGAGCUGGUUUGUAUAUAUUAAGAUGAAUAGAGAUUAAAUAAAUUAAAUUUGUUUGUUCAAAACA